AUGGAGAAUCAAAUCUGGUCUGGACAUGAAGAAGACUCAUUUCUCUUUCCCAACCCUCUCUCCCCACUGGACUUCAGUGGAUACUAUACUCCACUGAACUGGGAAUGGGACUGGGAGUUUCCUAUCCAUGAGAGUCUCUUUGAUCCUAUGCCCUUGAUUGAGAAUCUCCCUACUUACCCUUCAAUCAAAAGCUUACCAACUAAUGGAGAGGAUUUCCGCAUUGGAUAUGGAAAAGGGUUUGAAGUCUGUGAUGAAACUACUGCAACUGGUAAAAAUGAGAUAGUGAAAGAGACGCUUUGGCGACGCCUUGACAACUAUGGUACCAAUGGCUCUAGUGAGUUGACAAGGGAAGUAAUAUCCAGUUAUUUCUACAUGCCAAUCACACAAGCUGCAAAGGAGCUUAAUGUUGGCUUGACCCUCUUGAAGAAGAGGUGUAGGGAAUUGGGGAUCAAUAGGUGGCCUCAUCGGAAGCUGAUGAGCCUCCAAACCCUAAUAAAGAACAUCCAGGAUGGAGAAGAGAGUGAAGCACAUCUGACAGAUGCAGUGGAGCUAUUAGAGCAAGAGAGGAAGCUGAUGGAGGAAAUGCCUGAUCUGCAGCUUGAGGAGAAGACUAAGAAGCUAAGGCAGGCAUGUUUCAAGGCUAACUACAAGAAGAGAAAAUAUAAGGAGGUGGUGGAUUUGGGGGGGUUCUCAAGAUCAAUUGCCCAUGUCUAAUACUACCUUCUCUCAU